AUGGCGUGUAUUAUUUUGAAAUAUUCUCCGAUACUUCUAUGUAUAUUAACAACUGUCUGCGGUCUACGCACCCCCACCAUAUCCCACAUCACUCAAGAGCAGAUCAGGGAUAUUGGGGGCCAGGUCGACCUGGACUGUUCGGUGCACUAUGCGCAAGAUUAUCCAGUGCUUUGGAUGAAGUACGAUAGACAGAAGACCACGGAGGCCCUGCCGCUGUCUUCCAACUCCGGCCUGAUCAUCAGAGAUUCCAGGUUCUCGAUGAGGUUCGACGCCGCAUCUGCCACUUACACACUAUCGAUAAAGGACAUCCAGGAGACAGACGCCGGCUGGUACCAGUGCCAGGUGCUGCUCUCAGUCAGCAACAAGAUCACCGCCGAAGUGGAGCUGCAGGUUCGGAGGCCGCCCAUCAUCUCGGACAACUCCACCCGCUCCCUAGUAGCCAGCGAAGGGGAGAGUGCACAGAUGGAAUGCUAUGCCGGUGGUUUCCCGCCCCCGAAGAUAUCCUGGCGCAGGGAGAACAACGCCAUCCUGCCAACCGGUGGCUCCAUUUACAGGGGUAACAUUCUGAAGCUGAACUCCGUGCACAAGGAAGAUCGCGGCACAUACUACUGCGUGGCUGAGAACGGAGUGGCCAAGGGAGCCCGUAGGAACAUCAACCUUGAAGUGGAGUUCGCCCCCGUCGUCAGCGUGCCACGUCCGCGUCUCGGACAGGCCCUGCAAUACGACAUGGAUCUGGAGUGCCAUGUUGAAGCCUACCCACCUCCUGCAAUCUCUUGGUUGAAGGAUGAAGUUCAGCUGUCAAACAACCAGCACUACAGGAUAUCGCAUUUCGCGACCGCCGACGAAUUCACCGACACCACUCUGCGGGUCAUCACCAUCGAGAAGCGACAGUACGGGCUGUUCACCUGCAAGGCGCAGAACAAACUCGGCACCGACGAGGGACAAGUCGAGCUAUUCGAAACGAUAAUACCGGUGUGCCCGCCCGCGUGCGGACAGGCGCGCUACGGCAGCAGCCACGCCCACCGCGCAGGCCCCGCCCCCGCCCUGCUGCUCCUCGCCGGCUACGGCUACGCGCACGCAAGAAACCUCAACGCCGGACAU